AUGUCACCUCCCACCAACGCAGAACUAAAUAAAAAGCGCGAAGAGAAUUGUCUUCAAAUUACUACCGAUAUGAAAUACUACAGAGUCGGACAGACUUGGAUCAAGCGAAGUCUACGACCCAGUGAAUGGCAGAAGGAGGACGGCUAUAUGCCCAUACCGCUAUUUAGCCUUGAGCGUGUUUUAAAUGAAGGCGCUUGCCUUCGCCAUCUUGCAGAUAAAACCAACAUCCCAAUACCUAAGCUCCAUGCUUGCUUUGAAGACGACGGUGCCGCGUACCUCAUUACAGAGUACGUUGAAGGAGUUGCUAUGAGCUGGCUUGAUGAAGAGCAGCGGGAGGUGGUUGCCAAAGAGCUCUGCAUUCAUAUGAAGGCCCUAAGCAAUUUGACACAUCAUAUCUGGGGCGGUCCUAGCGGUUUGGUUAUGCCUCCAUACCGCAUCAUGCAAUACUCUGAUGGUAGGCCCUGGAAAAUGAAGCCGCGGAGAGAAAAUAAUCUCGUCUUUUGUCACAAUGAUCUUUCCACAAAUAAUGUCAUUGUUGCUCCUAGGACUCUUAAGAUUAACGCCAUUAUCAACUGGGAGUACGCUGGCUACUAUCCGCAACGAUUUGAGUCUGCAUUUUUCCAGAGACUAGGUCCAUCUAUUGCAUUGAAAGGGGAGGUUGAUGAUACGGAGUGGUUGCAUAAGAUCCUGUCUGAGGAGAGGAUAUAA